AUCGUCCGACUUAUUACCGGCAGAGACGGAGUGGUGCGAGGCGUAGAGUUACAAACGGGGAAUGGAAGACUGGAGCGACCGUUGCAACUAAUUUACCCUUUGGAACUUCAUUGCGACCAAGAGGCUGUCGAACGGGAAACUCCACCACUUAAUGCACAAGCGAAAGAAUUCAGACCUAAAAGGAAAGCGGCAGAGAAUGCAGCAGCGAAGAUCAAUAAAGUACUUGCGGAGGAAGAGGAGACGGUGAUAGAUUGA